GCUUUUCCUACAUCUUAGGUCAUCAAAUUAUUGAUGAUUGGGCACUGGUAGCCAGAUCAUUUUCGUAUCAUCAUGGAUAAUAAAUACGGUGAAGACCAAGAUGAGGUAAGCGUGGUAGGAUUUGAAGUUCCAAAGUCACCUGAGUCAAGCUACAGCAACCCGUACCCCAGCAAUGAAGAUGAAGAAAGGGACCCACCUCUUGUGCCUCCUCACUUUCAACAAACAUUGUUGAGCUAUCCAGCAGACAGAGACACCUCAGGAUCUCUUCCUGUGCCGCAGAAUGUGAUUCUCAACCAUCUCUACAUUGAGAACAGGGAUACCCCACGAUCAGUGGUGGCGCUUGGGUUCACGCAUCGCUUCCGCUCAAAAUUUGUUACAGUUGUGCUUUACAAACCAAUUCAAAGAACGGGGGGAAGUAGUACUUGAGGUGUAUUUUGUGUCACCCUAGCUUUAGGUUUUUCUAUCCAUACACACAAGGGAAUAGUUGCUGUGGAAACUAUGCAGGAAAAUAGAAAUGAAGUAGUCUACCGCCACAGAGCUGCUGAUGAAAUUUAAGUUUUUUCUGCCAGGUUCUUGAGCUCAUUGUUGCAUAUUUUACAUGCUUCUUCCCUGGAGUAUUUAAAAUGGUAGUAGAUUCAAAAGGAUUGUAAAGUUAUAUUAUUGUCCAUAUUCU